AUGGGUAAAGUAGAAAAGGAGGUUACUGAGAACCUUAAGAAGAAGCAGCCAGAAAUAAGCAUAAAUCAUCAUAUCAAGAUUCCUUAUCCACAGAGGUUUCGAAAGAAUACGCUCGACAAGCAGUUUUCUAAAUUUUUGGAGUGCAACGUAAUACUCCAAAAGAAGCUACCUCCCAAGCUCAAGGAUCUGGGUUGUUUCAACAUUCCUUGUACUAUAGGAAAUGAGGUUUUUAAGCGAGCACUUUGUGAUUUAGGGGAAAUUGUGAAUUUAAUAUCUCUAUCCAUUUAUCGAAAACAAAAAUUGGGAGAAGCUAAGUCAACAAUUGUGAAGCUUCAGAUAGUGGAUCACUCAGUGAAACACCUUCACGGAGUGAUUGAGGAUGUUCUAGUAAAGGUGGACAAGUUCAUCUUCCCUGCAUAUUUCAUUAUUCUAGAUUUGGAGGAGGAUGCAAACAUCCCAAUAAUUCUUGGAAGGCCAUUCUUGGCUACUGGGAGAGCACUAAUCGAUGUGCAAAAAGGAGAAUUACAAUUGCGAGUGUAA